CUGCGACCGCGGAGGCGCCCAUGUAGCAUACUUUUGGAUGAGGGAGAUGCACACGUGCUGCGUAGAGGGAAGUGAGCUGGUGGGUGCGCUUGCCGUCUUCCGAGAGCAGUGACACCGGCAAAACACGUCGUACCCCCACUACCUCAGAAGCUCGUCACCGUCAAGUGCACACGUGCUCUACACCCACACCACGCCCGACAUACACACUUUCUCCUGCAUACACCAUGUUCGCUACCGCCCGUCGCCUGCCCCUAGUGCGUCUCGUCGCCAGUCGGCGUCUAUUUCACGCCUCUGCGCCUGCAUUCGUCAAUGUUGGAGACAAGCUGCCUGACGUUGAACUCGUCGAGGGUUCUCCGGGUAACAAGGUCAACCUAGCAAAGGAGUUGACCGGCAAAGGUGUCAUUAUCGGUGUUCCUGCAGCUUUCUCGCCUUCAUGCUCCGAGAACCAUAUCCCCGGCUAUAUCAAUUCUCCUAAGUUGAAGGAUGCCGGCAAGGUGUUUGUUGUUUCAGUAAACGAUCCUUUUGUCAUGAAAGCAUGGGGCAAGAUGCUCGAUCCUUCAGGCUCCAGCGGCAUUCGCUUCUUGGGAGACCCCAGCCUUGGCUUUACAAAGGCGCUUGAUCUCUCUUUCGAUGGCGCCUCCAUCUUCGGAGGUGAUCGUUCGAAGCGAUAUGCUCUUGUGAUUGACAACGGUACCGUCAAAGCAGCACACGUCGAGUCUGAUAACACAGGCUUGAAUGUUUCUGCAGCAGACAAGGUCCUGUAAAGAGUUCCUGACAGGCUGCAUAAGAGACGAACAAAUGUGCAUCUAGAAUUCACGGAAUGGACCACGAUCGCCUAAAACGAUAGCGGAGGUCAUCAACCUAAAUGAAAGAACCAGUACAAUACAUCUACAUGUACGAAAUCGCUCAUCAACUUUAUACGUCUCGGACUACUAUUACUGGUUGACUAUGGUAUCAUGGACCUUUAUCAUACAAUACUCCAGUCACGUUGCAACCACUAAUUGUGCCUCCAAAUCAUCAGGCCAUUCUAGCUUCUUGUAAAGUUUCUCG